UUGGUAAUUGGGCCAAAAAUAUUUUCCAACUUUCGAAUCACAAUUUGUAACUCAUUUUGAUAGUCUGAUUCUGAUAAUAUAAUCUGGUAAAAUGGCAUAACUCCAAGCAACGUUUUUGUAUUCACUCCUACACAUCCAAAAAUUUAUUUAUUUCUUUGAAUGAAGUAAAGCGGUAAUGGUGCUCAAUAUGUUUGAUUAAAUGCCUGAACCAAGCUCCACCAUCAAGGUAAGAGGUAUCUUAAUCUUAUUAUGAAUUACAGUCCCGUCCUAACUGCCAAAUCUCGCCACCUCUUCGCUAAGCUCCUCGACUACACCCAAGGAAAAAACCUUCCAAAAGGCAAGUCCCUCCACGCCCACCUCCUCAAAACAGGCGUAUUCCCUUCCUGCUCAUUUAUGUCCAACACCCUCGUCAACUUCUAUGCCAAAUGCCACCUCUUCUCCGAAGCCCAUCUCGCCUUUGUACAAAUUUCAUACAAGGACACUGUCUCAUGGAACUGCCUCAUCAAUGCCUACUCUCAAUUGAGCCUUCGCUGUUACUCUCUUUCGGCUCUCGAGCUCUUCAAGCAAAUGCUCCAACACCACACCCUCCCUAACUCCCACACUUUUGCUGGCAUUCUAUCUUCUGCUGCCAUGUUGGAAGACUCCAUGAUUGCCCAGCAAGCCCAUUCUUUCGUGCUUAAAUUGGUUGACUCCUAUGAUGUUUUUGUGUAUAGCUCUUUGUUAAAUGUGUACUGUAAGUUGGGUGAUUUGAUCAGUGGUCAAAAAGUGUUUGAUGAAAUGGCUGAAAAAAAUUCAGUCACUUGGGCUACUAUGAUUUCUGGGUACGCCUCGCAGAGGCUUACUAAGGAGGCUUUUAGUGUUUUUAGAAUGAUGACAGCUGGAGGAGGUGAGGGUGUGAACGAGUUUGUGUUAACUAGUCUUCUCAGUGCUUUAGUGUCCUCGGAGUUUGUGGAUACAGGUAAACAAGUUCAUAGUUUGGCUGUUAAGACUGGAUUGUUGUCAAUUGUUUCUGUGGGGAAUGCUGUUUUAACCAUGUAUGCAAAGUGUGACAGUUUGGAUGAUGCCGUUCAGGCCUUUGAGCUUGCGAUUGCUAAAAAUUCAAUCACGUGGUCUGCCAUGAUCACAGGUUAUGCACAAGGUGGGAAGAGUGAGAAGGCAUUGACAUUGUUUAAGGAGAUGCAUCUCUGUGGAAUGAAACCUAGUGCAUUCACCCUUGUUGGCGUUCUCAAUGCUUGCAGUGACAGUAAUGCAAUUUACGAAGGAAAGCAGGUGCAUGGGUAUUUAGUGAAAAUAGGGUUCGAGUCUCAACUAUAUAUUAUGACUGCUUUGGUUGAUAUGUAUGCUAAAUGCGGUAGCAUAAAUUAUGCGAGAAAGGGAUUUGACUAUCUAUUAGAGCCAGAUCUUGUAUUAUGGACGUCUAUGAUUGGAGGCUAUGUACAAAACGGAGAUAAUGAGAGUGCUAUUAAUUUGUACUGUCGAAUGCAGCGCGAAGGAAUUGCACCCAAUGAGCUGACUAUAGCCAGUGUGUUGAAGGCCUGUUCAAGCCUUUCAGCAUUGGAGCAGGGAAAACAAGUACAUGCUCAUGUAGUUAAGAAUGGGUUCAGUCUUGAAGUUCCGAUAGGAAGUUCUCUCUCGACUAUGUACGCAAAGUGUGGGAGCCUUGAUGAUGGCAAUCUCAUCUUCACGAGGAUGCCUGCCAGAGAUGUAGCAUCAUGGAAUGCAAUGAUUUCUGGCCUUUCUCAAAAUGGCCUAGGGAUUAAAGCCCUUGAACUAUUUGAAGAGAUGCAACUGGAGGGUGCAAGGCCUGAUUAUGUUACUUUCGUAAACAUUCUUUCUGCUUGUAGCCACAUGGGAUUGGUGGAUAGAGGUUGGGAGUAUUUUAAACUGAUGUCCGAUAAAUUUGGUGAAGCUCCAAGGAUAGAGCACCAUGCUUGCAUGGUUGAUAUCUUGGGUCGUGCUGGGAAGCUCUAUGAAGCCACAGAAUUUAUUGAAUCAGCUACCAUCGAGCAUGGUCUAUGUUUGUGGCGCAUUUUAUUAAGUGCUUGUCGAAACCAUCGCAACUAUGAGUUGGGAGCCUAUGCGGGGGAGAAACUAAUGGAAUUGGGCUCACAGGAAUCAUCUGCAUAUGUGUUGUUGUCAAGCAUUUAUACAGCUUUAGGAAGAUUGCAUGAUGUGGAACGAGUAAGAAGGAUAAUGAACCUUAGGGGGAUAAGCAAGGAGCCAGGAUGUAGCUGGAUAGAGCUGAAGAGUCAGGUUCAUGUUUUUGUUGUUGGGGACCAAUUACAUCCGCAAAUUCAAGAUGUACGCUCUGGGUUAUGGAGAUUAAGCAAGCUAAUGAAGGAUGAAGAAUGUAGUUCAAUUUUGGAAGAAUUGGUCUGAAGUAAUUAAAUAAUUAUGUCUUGGCUCAGCUACACCCAAGGAAAGUCAUUUGAGACUCCUAAAUAUGCAUCUUCAUUUUCAUAAAUUGGGCAUUCACUGCAUAAGGUGUUUUCUUAGACGCUACUGGAGUGGGGAAACAGAAAUGAAGGAAUGUGGAGGUGGUGUUGUGGAUUACUAUGCUUUAUAUAGAAUGUAUAGUAUGAUUAUCCGAAGACAGAAUCAGGGACGUAGAUUCCUUGCAUGGAGUUUUUGAUUCAAGUCAAGUGCUAAUGAUGUUAGCAUUGGAGCUUUGUGUAAUCAACAUAGCCACAGUGAAUUUCUAAGGAGUGUUUGAUAUGGUUUUUCUGUAACAAUAGCAGAAAGCCGCCUGUUGGCUGGAAAUAAUUGGGACUGGAUGUUCAUACAUAGGGGUUGAAGGAAGAUGGUGAGGUCCUUGAACUUUUGUGCACAACACUAGUGGAAGAUCUCUCUCUAACAUUGAGCCAGUUGCAUAGAAGAUUACUUGUUGAAACCGGACUUGCACAUGGAUCCUAUCAGUUGGACAAUAGGCCAGAACUUCCAAAUCUACAUCCCUAGCGUUCUCAAUGCAAGAUUUGCUUUUAUAUGCUUCGGAACAGUCUAAAACAGAGUCGAAGUAGGAUCCAGAUGUUGAUUCUUAUAUCACAUAUUGUGAUAGCAUUUAUGCUUAAUUUGUAGAAAAAUUUAUGUCCACUGAGUAAAGACGUACACAAGAUAUUAUGUGACAAGAUACUUGUAAUUA